AUGGCACAUGCCUUCCCUUCUCAGGUUGUAGCGAUGCUGGUGCUCCUUGUCCUGUCCGCCGCUGCUCUGGCCACGCUGUACUUGGAGGGCUUUGAGGUCUGGCAACUGCUGGGCUUUGUCCAUAGAGCGCUGGAUCUGUUCACAGAUGACAGACCCGUCCACCACAGUCGGGCUCUACUGGAGCAAGACCCAGCGCUGGGAGAGCCCUGCUGGCCCUCUCCUGGCCUGUCUGUCUGUCUGGUCUUCCUGUCAGAACAGCUCCGCCACCACCUGGAGAGGCAGGAAAAGAGAAGCCCGUUUCUGGCCCGAGCCUCCGGGCGGGAGUGGGAAGGUAGGCGAUCCUCACCCGGGGAUCGGAACCGGCUUCAGGAGGUUACUAUCUGGACACCCGAAGAGCCUGCCUUCCUCCUCGCAGGAGCACCGCGGGGCUUGGUGCCGAGAGAGGCGUCUACUGUUUCGUCACUUCUGUCUCUGAGUGGUCUCACGCGUGCCUCGCCUCCCCACGAAGACGUUGUGACCGCCACUCCCUCCCUCCCCCGGCCAGCAUUCCCUGAGCCCUCUGCCGGCUUUGGGCUGGCAGCAGGCCAUCAGGGGAAAACCCACAUGAGAAAGUGGGAAGUUCACCCACCUUUCACUCCUCUGGGCCUCGGUAGAGGGAAGACUCCACGGCAGCUUCCGGGUGGGUCCUUCGAGCCCCUGAGAGCCACUGCGGUGGUCCCUGGUCCCGUCCUGUUCACAGGUCUCACUGCAGCUGCUAUUCCUGGGAACCUCCACUUCUACCCACUCACCGCCUCCGAAUUCCUGGGGUGUUGACUCUGAUCCUCCAGAAAGAGGUGACUGCUGGCUCCCUAGCUGACCAUGCCAGGACUCGGACCAUUGCUCUUGACCUCCUAAACUCCUCUGCACUCUGUCUCACGGCCAGCUGGUCACCCAGCUGUGUCCCUGCUACCCUCACAGUCUCUCUCUGCUGCCUCUACCCUCUCAUCUCCGUUUGACCUGGGCUCCUGGCCACUGGCUUCUGAUUCAUUUCCUUUCCCACAGAGGUGGAGGAGCGGCUCCUGGGCAGUGCAUCCAGGCUAACUUUCUGUGGUGGUGGAAACGCUGUCCGCUGUGCUGUUCGAUACGGUAGCCCCCGCAGGCCCUGUGUGUCUCUGAGGAAUGCACACGACUUUUACUUUUAUUUAAACAGCCACGUGCAGCUUGGGGCUCUCGCCUUGGGCACUGGGAAGGAAGUUUGUGCGGCCUUCCCGGGCGGUUUCACUGCUGCUUUCUACUCGCUGACCUCUUGGACUCCCCAAGCUCCCCUGAGCUGAGCACACUCUUCCUGGGCCACUGAUGCCGUGCACACCGUUCCCUCUGUCUGGAAACUCUCCCCUCCUCUGGCCGCAGGCACAUUCCCUGCUGACCCUUGAGACUGUAGGAUGCCCUGACCUUGGCACCUGCUGACCUCUGGGGUGCCCUGGGGUCCAGUCUGUGCUUCCACAACACCUGCUGUACCCUGUCGUGCUGUGCUACUCUCUUAGUGAACACAAACACCCUCAGGGCUGGGAGACUCACACUGCCGGGACCGCGACCCAGGUGUACAGUAGCUCAAUGCACUGGUCCCUUCCCCAUGCGGUCAUCUCCUGACCCCGCUGGCGUGGGCAGGGCAGGGAACCUUGCUCUCAUUUUACAGAUGAGGAGUGAAUGCUCAUCAAGUCAAGAAGCUCCUUGGCACAGGAUUCAACUUUGAAGGUAGCAGGGCACCUCCCGGGUCACUGACGGUGAGGUCUUGUCCAGGAAAAUUAGUGGUAGCUGGAGAUUACUCCCCUCACUGGCUGUGGGUGCCCGGGGGUUCCUUCCCUGCCACCUCCUCAUGUCUCUUCUUUUCAUAGCGCACUCAGUGGGAGAAAUGUUUUUGGACCUUGCCUUUUGGAUUUCUGCAUUUUUUCCUGAUUCACACCAGACCCGGCAUCCCUAGAACUUGGUUAUUCUUGGAAAGGAUGCCUGAGAAUAGGCUUUGUUUGGAUUUCUCCUCUCCCUGGAGGAGGAGGUGGGGGAGCGGGGAGCCAGCAGGUCAAGGGCUCUGCCUCCUCUCUUCCUGGGGCCUCUCUAGCUUGCAAGCAAAGCCCGCAGCCCGAGGAGAGCCGUGCCUUCACCGGAAGAGCCUCAGGACGGGAGGAGCCUGCUUGAGGGCCCUGGCAGACAGCACCUUCCACUGCUCCUCACCUGGAAGCUGCUUUUCCGGGGACUCUGGCAGGAGCUCAGCUGUGCGCGUGUGAGGGCUGCUCAGGCAGCCACAUGUUUAUGUGCUGCCACACAUCAGAGACCCAGCACAGCAAGACACAAGCCCCUGUUGCUUCUCUGUGUGUGUGUGUGUGUGUGCAAGGAAUGAUUAUGAAAGCCCACACUUCAAUCACAGGAAUGCUGAGUGUGUUUGGAAGAUCCAAAGAUUGUAUUUUCCCAUUCAUUCUUUUUGGGUGCGCGCGUGACAGAGGAUGGGUACACCUUAUAGCCACGUUCCUAGCCCUAAAGCCAAGGUCCAGGACAUAGAAGGCAUUUUGUAAAUAAUCAUUGAACAAAUUGCUUAAUUUUUACUCUUCCUUCAUAAUUAAAAGAAGUAUUACGUAUUAUAAACGCACAGUUCAGUGAGUUUUUAUCACCAUGUAGGCAACACCCCCUCAGGAUAUAAAAUAUUUUAAUUCCAUGGGAGUUUCCCUGGGCCUCCCUUCUCUGGUCACUGGUUUAGGGUUUUAGGGUUUACUCACGUGUAUAUGAGCAGCCCUGCCUUUUGGUUGGUGCUCACUCUUCCACUGCUCUCUCCGCCUCAUUUUGUUUAUCUGUCUCUCUCCUGAUGAACUCUGUAGUUGUUUCCAGCUUGGAGGUUUCAUGAAUAAUGUUGUUGGGAGUAUUCACACAUAAGUUUCUCUGGGGGGCAAACUUUCAUUUCUCUCAGGUAACUGCACAGGAGGAAGUGGCUGGAUCCUGGGUAAAUGUAUUUUUAAGAUGUUUGGUAAUAAGAAGUUACCAGAGAGUUUUCCAAAGUAGUUGUACAAUCUUAUAAUUCUACCAGCCAGGUGUGAGAAGCUCAAGCUGUUCUGUUCCCUUCUCAGCACUAAACACCGGAAGUCUUUUCAGUUUGAACCACGGUAGUGAGUGUGGCUAUAGUCACCGUGCUUCUAAUUUGCAGUUCUCUGACCACUAAUGAUAUUAAGCGUCUUUCCUAAGUAAGUUUAUUGGUCGUUUGUAUUUCUUUUUGUUUGCCUCAAUCUUUCUCUGUUUUUAUGCUAUGUUUAAAAAUGGGCUUAUGGGAAUUAAAAAUACAGUCUGGAUUUUAGUUCUUUGUUGAAAGCACAUACCACGAAUAUUUGGUAGCUUUUGUUUUCUAUGUGUUUUGUUAAUUGAGCAAAAAUCUAAUUUCUCUAUAUUUUGUGUGUACAGUGCUUUUUGAAAAACUCUAUUUGGGAAAUGUUUGCCUACUCUUCGGUCCUGAAUGUAUCCUCCUGUAUUUUCUGUUUUCCUUGAUGUUUUAAUUUAGUGUUGUAAAGUAUCUUGAAUGACUUUGUGUGUAUGCUACGAAGCAUGAAUAAAAGUUUGGUUUUCAAA